CGUACAGCGAGCGAGACAAUCCUCGAAAUUACGACCGUAUCUUCAGCGACAGUACACCAAACAAUUUCUACGCUUUCUUUCGACAUACAAAAGGCAUGAAUCGACAAGGCCAACCUAACCAGCGUCCACCGAACCUUACCCCAAAUCCGAAUCUCGCCGGCCAAUUUCGACCUCCAUAUCCCUUUGGAAUGCCACCGCGAAGUGUAAUACAGACGGGCGGCUAUGUCCCAGGAAUACAACCAACGAACCAUCGGACGGCGGUACAGCAGUCACAGACACCGAGCAUAGUGCCACCGUCGCCAUAUGUAUCGCAGCGGGGGCAGAGCAGUUACGCGUUUGGUGGAGGGCUCCAGCAUCAUCCAACGUCAAUACAACCGCCCCAGCAGUCACAGCAGUCGCAACAACAGCAGCAGCAGUCAUCCUCAAAUGGCACACCUCUACCACCAUCCAGUAUUGGGGCGCCCUCGGUGUCGUCGACGAGUGAGGUGGGGUUGGACCCGAACGAUUUUCCGGCACUUGGAUCGACAUCAGGGAACAAUGGCUCCAGCAGUAACAACAACGGGGCUGUUGGUAGUGGUGCAACGACGAGUUAUGCAAGUCAAGCAGGGACUGGUGUAGGACUGUCGGCCUCUGGUGUUGGAGCGGGUUCGCUGGGGACAGCAACAGGGGUGAACAGCGCAGGCCACCCGAGGGAUUUCACGCCAGAUGACUUCCCAGCGCUGGGCGGGCAGUCGCAGGGCCAAGGGCAGAAUCCGACAUCGCAAAGUCAAAACCAGUCGCAGGAAAGUCAUUCACACCCGCCAGGUCUAAACGGAUUCCAACACUCGGACCAUGCUCAUCAACAACACCGGCAGAAUCUAUUGGGUGCAUUGAGCGGGCUACAGACGCCCGGCAUGCUUAAUUUGGCGCCUACGCAAGCGAGGAAUGUUCAUCCUGGAUUUCAGACGGAAACGGAGAAGCAGCAGCAACAGCAGCAACGGAAUAACUUCGCAUUGAAGCUAAACCAAACCUCACACCCGGCAUGGAAUUCCCCAAACAUCAAUCCAGGACCCUCUGCACAAACUCAGCUGGGCACGGGAUCAUUUGUGAACCCACCACCAACAGCAUCAUCGCAGCAAAACGGCACACACCAAAACUCGUCUACCACGGCCCUUAACGCGCCUCCCGGAGUCCCCCCACCGUCAACAAAUUCGUUUGCCCAGCAACAGCAGCAAACGAACUCCUCGGCCCCUCCACCAUAUACAGCGAACGGCAUGGCAGUAGAAUCACAUCCCAAUACGAACACCAACUCCAAUCAAAUUUCAUCAUCACAUGGAUUACAGCAUCCCCAAACGCCAGCGCAACAGGUGCUUGUUAGCGCCGCCGACCGAUGGGGACUACUAGGACUGCUGUUGUCCAUCAAGAAUGCAGGCCAAGAUCCAGAUCAAGGGCUUAGCGUGGUUGGCACAGAUCUAGGGACGAUGGGAUUAGAUAUGGGGUAUGCUGGGAAUCUGUAUUCGACGUUCAUAACACCUUGGGCAGACCAAUCAGCUGCGCGGUCCGUCGAGCCGGACUUUCAUCUACCUGCAUGCUACAACGUGCAACCGCCACCGCCCGGGCCUGCCAAAGUAACCGCUUUUAGUGACGAAACUCUCUUCUUCAUGUUCUAUUCAAGUCCAAAGGACGCACUGCAGGAGAUCGCGGCCCAAGAACUAUGGAACAGGAACUGGAGAUUUCACAAGGACCUGCGGUUGUGGAUAACCAAGGAGACAGGCAUGGUGCCUUCACAAAAGGUUCCCGGUGGCGAGUCGGGGCAGUAUCAUGUUUGGGAUGCUGAAAACUGGGUAAAGGAUCGCAAGGACAUGACUGUGAUGUACAACGAGUUAGAGGAGAAGAACGUACCAGCGUUUCUUCCCGGUCCUGGCAUACACCUAGCGAACCCGCCGCCGACGCCACAAGUGGGGCAGCAACCCGUGCAGACGACACGAGGAGCAUCAUUACAGGCUGGCAUGGCAUUGUAAUCGGUAAUUGAUGAUUUAAAUGGUCAUUUUACGCAUUCUCUCUGGUGACUACUACAUCAUCGCCAUAUCAUCGACAUACAUCGAACUUAUUAUCUUUCGUCCUUCACCUUCUAUUUUGCUGGUCCAUCGAACUGUACCUAUACUUAACGUUUGUUCUACAUCUUAUCCAUUUGCUGUUACUUGUAACAAUGGUGACGCAAGAUGGUUAAAAAUGG